UCUAGAAGUAGGGGUGUCUUUUGAUUGGCAAAACAGUAAUUUUAUGCACAAGGACAUGCCUCAAUACAAAAUGCUCUUUUCAAGGAUAAAGAGGGGCAAUAGCUUAAGCCUACAUCGUGCUAGGCCAUGCUAAUUCUAUUCACAAGUAGCAACGCGUAGGGUGCACCUUGUCCUCAGGGGGGAGUGGUGCGCGAUUUUUUUUUUUUUUUUGACUGAGCUUCCUUGCAGAGGGUGGGGGGAGGGCGGUAAGUGCAACGGGCCUUCCCACCCACUCAGCUCCUGCGAUGCAGAGCUUAGCGUCCUGCGCCACCAGGACAACUGGCGGGGUGGGAGGGGAGGCGGGGCUCGGCGCCGACCUGGCUGCCACUUCUGCGCAUGCGCGGUUCGAGUUGUUGCCAGCUGAGGGGGCGCAGUGGCCAGUCGUGGAGCAGUGUGCUGUCCCUUCGGCCAAUGGCGCAGGACUUGAGUUACGAGUUCCGUCGCCAAAGGUAGUGGUGAGGCCGAGGCAGAGUGCAUCGGCCGCGGUCCUAUAGUAAAGGAGAGGCUGAGGAUGGAGGGCGCGCGGAGCCGAUGCGCGCUCAGUGGGGGCAGCAUCUUUGAGGAUGAAGGAAUGAAACUACGACAGCUGAAACUAGAGAAUCAGAGAGCUCUUCUAGAGAAAAAGCAGAAGAAGAAACGUCUUGAUCCCCUGAUGGUGCAGCCAAAUCCUGAGGCAAAGCUGCACAGGUCAAAGCCCAAAGGAUGUGAGGAACAGACUCCUUUAGUAGAAACUCCUACCACUUUCCACAAUAUUGUUGUGUUACAUGGCAUUCGUGGACCAGUUUCUUUGAAAUCAGAAGUAGAAGAUUUAGGAACCAAACUUCAAACUUUCUCUGUUGGAUCUUCCAUAACAGCAGAAAAUGCAGAUGAGGAAAACAAUGGACACACUCUAACAGAAACAUUAGGCAAUGCAGAUCUGCAAGAAAUCUUACAAAAACGAGGAAUUUCAAGUAGUUUAAAUUUUGAUGAGGAAGAAACAGAAGAAGAGGAAGAUGUAAGUAAGAGACCAGCAUCUCAGUCACCACAUCCUGAAUCUGAGAGGCCUAGUUCUGCAACCACUGAGAAAUCCUUUGCAGAAAUAGGUGCUUCCUGUAGUCCAUCCCCUCAGGUGGUUCUGGGAGAAGUAGAGAACUUGGAGGAAUUUGCAUUGCGCCCUGCGCCCCGUGGUAUUACAGUCAAGUGUCGAGUCACUAGAGAUAAGAAGGGAAUGGAUCGGGGCCUCUUCCCUGCUUAUUACAUGCAUCUGGAAAAGGAUAACAACAGAAAGAUGUUUCUUCUUGCAGGUAGAAAACGAAAAAAGAGCAAAACGUCCAAUUAUGUCAUAUCAGUUGACCCAACUGAUUUAUCCCGGGAAGGGGAGAGUUUCAUUGGAAAACUCAGGUCAAACCUCAUGGGAACUAAAUUUACAGUCUAUGACCAUGGAGUUAGCCCAAUCAAGGCACAAGGUCAAGUGGAAAAGGCUCAUACACGACAAGAACUCGCAGCUAUUUAUUAUGAAACCAAUGUGUUAGGAUUCAAAGGUCCCAGAAGAAUGUCUGUGAUCAUUCCAGGAAUGAAUAUGAAUCAUAAGCGAAUUCCAGUCCAGCCACAAAAUGAAAAUGAGAGUCUUCUGUCAAAAUGGCAAACUAAAGAUUUAGAGAACCUCAUUGAGUUGCACAACAAGGCUCCAGUCUGGAAUGAUGACACUCAGUCCUAUGUUUUGAAUUUCCAUGGGAGAGUCACUCAGGCCUCAGUGAAGAACUUCCAGAUUGUCCAUGACAAUGACCCUGACUACAUUGUGAUGCAGUUCGGUCGUGUAGCAGAAGACGUUUUCACUCUGGACUAUAACUAUCCUCUCUGUGCUCUUCAGGCUUUUGCUAUUGGACUCUCCAGCUUUGACAGUAAAUUGGCCUGUGAAUGAGAAACAGCGGACUUGAGACAUGGAACUCACUCCCAUCUCUGUAUCUUGUUAGAAUUCCAGGUGAAAUAAUGAAAAGCAUGUUAGGGGUGGAAGGAUACUGGAAGACAAACUUUUGUAAGCUUAUUGGAAAGUAGAUAGGAGUCCUGAGAGCAUUUUGGUAUUUAACAAUAGACCAUCUUAGGAGACUAUCUCAAGACUGAAUGAUCUCUGGAGACUUUGUGGAAGAACAAGGAACACAGGUGAUGUUUUUGUUGUCAGAAUAGAUUUUGCUUUCAGAAUCUUUGCAUCAGUUGCUGCUUGAAGAGGCAAGGAAUUUGUUUCACUAUUUGAAACCCAUUGCAGCUAGGAUUAGAAAAAUAAUGGUUUAGUAUUCAUGUACCUUGAAUCUUCAGCAGUGCCCCUGGAGAUGAUGCUACUGAUAUUACUUUGAGUUUCUGGUCAUAUUAAUUAAGAAAAAAGAGUAGUUAUGGCAUAUAUUCUGUCUUGCCCUAUGCAGCAUUUUGCAGCCUGCUAAGAGCAGUGAAAGAGAAAAGGGCUCAGGUUAAGCCUAUGUGCAACUGCAGGUAGUGGUCAAUGAACACAGAACUGGACUGAGACCCUGCUCUAAUAAAACAUGUUUCUCUUACUUUGCAGAAUGAAUCUCUGUUUAACCUGAUAGUCCAUUUCCCUUUCAUUGUCCUAACUGCUCCAUGUCCCUUGAUAUACUUUUUAACAAAUGAAGAAUUGCUCCUUUUUAAUUUGGCAAAAUUAUAUCCAUUGGUGUAUCUCUUAUUUUUAACUAUGUGAAAUAUAAGACUGAAUAGACAAUGGAACAUGACUUUGGCUGAAAGUAGUAUUGUACUGCUCCUGAAAAGCAGUGUUUUGACUGAACAUCUGAAUCUAGACCUUAUGAUGAUCAGAAAUACCUUUAAUUCGUCCUUUAUUUGUAAAAUUUUCUACACUUUUUUAGGAAGGAGCAAGAUGUAACUGAUUUCAUUUUUUUUUUUUUUUGUUCAAUGUGAGAUUAUCACAAAUUAGGACACUUUGUAGUAGGUUUCAUGUAAAUAAUUUGAAUCUGCCUGUAAGAGUAAGAUACCUCAAGAGGAGAUUACUGAUGUUUUCAAAGGUAUCAGUUAAGUUUAAAAAAGUAUCAUGGGGCUGUAUAAUGUUUCUUUCCCGUGUUCCCAUUUAAAUGCUGGAUUGUACAAUUUGGAGACUGUAAGUUACAGCAUGGGACAUUUCUUGAUUCAUACAGCUUUGAUUUAUCAGUGAAUUGCUACACGCUGAUGUGCGAGCCUCAUAGUGCACACAUCUGCUGUGGACUAAAGCAGAACAGCUAAUAGCUUGCCACUUCCAUGGCUACUAUGCAUAUCCACAAUGACUCUGGAAAACUGUAUCUUCCAUUAAGACAUGAAACAGCGUUCUUUAGUUUUACAUGUUGCUAUUAUCAGCAGAUGAGCUCUAUUUCAUGCUCCUAAGAAGCAGACUUACUGUUUUUUGGUCUCCAGAAUCUUUGCUGUAGCAGGUAUCACUUGAUCUUUCAAAAUAGAACAGAAAAUAACUUCAUAGGAUUCAAUUUGCCCAGGGAAAAAAAAAAAAAAACA